AUGGCGGCUGCUACAAAAUGCUCUCCGCAGCUGUUCAGAAAUAUGUCACGCUUUCACCCGAGAACAAUUCUUUGUAAACAACAACAUUGUAGACAUAUCUUGACACGGGCAUCGCGUCCAGCUGUAUAUCAUAACUGCAGACAGUACUACGACCCAGCUAGUUCAUAUAAGGAAAGCGAACUCUGGAAAAUAUAUCACGAAACGAAAAACUGGUGUAGCGAAGCACAAAAGACUACACCAUGGAUCAACCCAACUGCUGUUUUCGCAAAUAAUGAAAUAAGCUUGAGUGAUAUUGAUGUUUAUGGUUUUGACUAUGAUUACACAUUAGCAAAUUAUGAUAAUGAUAUUCAUAAUUUGAUAUAUGACCUUUCAAAAGAAGUGCUCAUCAAUAAAAAAAAGUAUCCAAGACAAAUUAGAGAUCUUCCAUAUCAGCCAGACUUUGCUGUGAGAGGUCUUCAUUUUGAUGUGUCUAAGGGUUUAUUGAUGAAAAUUGAUGCGUUUCACCAUAUACAGCUCGGCACAGUUUAUAGGGGUUUAAAUCCACUGUCUGAUGAUGAAGUAAAAGAGUUGUAUCACGGCACUCACAUACCACUUAGUUUGAUGAAUUCUUUUUAUGGAUCAGGUGGUCAUAUGCGACAGAUGAUGGACCUUUUCUCCAUUCCAGAGAUGACAUUAUUGGCCAAUGUUAUACAGUAUUUCAUAGAAAAGAACAUCCCAUAUGAUCCAGAAUAUUUGUUUUUUGAUAUCAAUGAUGCUGUCAAAAGUAUACAUUAUUCUGGAGCGAUGCAUCAAACCGUUCAAAAUAAUAUUGAACAGUACUUGGAGAAAUGCAAAAAUAUCCCAGAGUUCUUGAAUAGACUUGUUAAUUGCAAGCGUAAAAUUUUCCUAAUUACCAACAGUUCCUACAACUUUGUAGAGAAAGGUAUGAAUUAUAUAGUUGGUGCAGAUUGGAUGGAUUUAUUUGAUAUUGUUGUUACACAGGCUAGAAAACCAUCAUUUUACAGUGAGAAUAAAAGGAGACCAUUUCGCCAUUUUGAUAGAUACCACAGAGUACCACAAUGGACGAAAGUGGACAAGUUUGAAAAAGGACAAAUAUACUUGGAGGGCAAUUUGGAACUGUUUCACAAAAUGACUGGAUGGGUUGGAUCAUCAGUCAUGUACUUUGGAGACCAUGUUUACAGUGACUUGGCUGAUCCAAGUCUCCGCAGCGGCUGGAGAACAGGUGCAAUUAUCCCAGAAUUAGAGUCUGAAAUCAAUACUAUGAAUUCAGAUGUUUACAAAGAAUCUCUAACAUGGCUCGUUGCAUUACAGAACCUCAUUGAAACAAUGCAGGCUAAUCAAUCUCCUGACUGUCAGGCUGUGAUACAAGAAUGGUUGAAUGAAAGAAAUAAACUAAGGAUACUGACUAAAGAAGUGUUUAACCCAAGGUUUGGUAGUUUAUUCAGAACGUAUCACAACCCUACGUACUUUUCUCGACGUCUCUCAAGGUUUGCCGAUUUCUACACAUCUGAUAUAAUUAAUCUUUUGAAUUACUCAACGGAUCACACGUUUUAUCCAAGAAGAGCUGCUUUACCGCAUGAAAACUACUACCAUGCCGGUAUGUCUUAUCACAACCCAGAGCUACUCUAG